AUGCUGCACCCCAUCUCAGACAACCGUAUGUCGGGAUCGAGUAUGCGCAACCUUGAAAUGAUGAAGACCAUGUGCGGAUUCACGACGUACGACAAUCUAGUUAUCGCUACAACCAUGUGGCCCGAGACACCAUCCUACACCGGGGCAGUGUCUCUAGGAACUCGAGAAAGCGAGCUGCUAUCUGAUGAAAGGUUCUUCGGCGCACUCGUUACGCGGGGAGCGACGGUGUUUCGUCACAAUGAGAAGGGUCACCAGGCUUCGCCUGAGUGGAUGGCAUCCGCACAGCGCAUAGUGGCGCAUCUCAUCCUCCAAGCGGAACGACAUCCUCCAGGAGCCUUGCAGCUGCAGCGGGAGAUGAUCGAGCAUAAAAAGGCGCUUGGCGAGACCGAGGCCGGUAUUGCCGUCGCAAGGGAUCUGUACAAGGCCCAACAAGCCCACAAGCGUCAGCUACAACAGCUGGAAGCAAGAUACGAGGCCGAGAAAAGUCAAAGAAAUGUUGAUCAUGCUGCCGAUCUACAUGAUCUCAGGGUAGAAUUGGAAAAGAAGCUCGAGGGUGUUGAAAAAGACAAACAAACGCUGAGAAGCUCGAUGCAGGAGAUGUAUCAGAAGGAAAAGGAAGCGUUGAAAGAGAGAACUAAAGCGUUUGAGAAGAAGCUUCGCGCUGAUCUUGCCGCAAAAGAGCAGGAGCUGGGCGAUAUGGAGGACUCCCUCAAGGCAAUCCGCCAGGAUAUGGCACGACGGUCCAAGACACCCAGUCAGGACAAGCAGGUUAUCCAGAUUGCCAGGCACGAGGAAGAAGCCUGUAAUGUUCGAGAGAAGGUUUCUGAGGCUCAGACUUCCCAUAAAGAGUUCGUUGGACAGACUGAGCACUUCCUCGGGAACGGAAUUCCUUCGGGGGUAGCAGCUGGCGUUAUUGCUGGGGGUCAGGGGUUCCAGAGCUCUGCUCUAGUCUAUAGCGAUGGUGCCCAAGCGUUUGCGGGCAAUUUCCUAUGCACAGUGAUGUAG